AUGGGGGCAAGACGCAUGCUCCAUUCAAUUCCAUUGUUGUCGUCGCGACCAACCCUUCAUUUUUCAAAUGCAAUCUCGCGCUCAGUGUCAGCAGUCUCACGGCCAUUCUCUAAAUCCUCUGAGUCAUCGCCGCCGCGCAAAUUUCCGUCUACCGGAUUCGAGUUGAUCGAUUCAUCUGAAAAGGUUGAGGAGGAGCGGCUUCCUUUCUAUAAGAGAGAUGAAUACUAUCCCAUGAAAAUUGGCCAUGUGGUCUAUGGCCACUACCAGAUAGUCGCGAAGUUGGGUUACGGCGCAACCUCGACCGUGUGGCUCUCGCGCGAUUUGAGAAACCAGAAAUACUGGGUUCUGAAGGUUCAUAUCAAUUCUUUAAAGUAUAAUCACGAAUUGGCUGUCUAUCGGCACUUGGCGCACCAUGCCGAAGACCACCCCGGCCGGAACCAUGUUCGCGAAUUUCACGACUCAUUCACGCUCAAGGGCCCGAAUGGUAAUCAUGAAGUCUUUGUCAUGGAACCUCUGGGUAUGAGCCUGAGAAGUCUACAGGGGAUCCAAAGAGAUGGUGCCUUCCCCGAGCAGCUUGUCAUUGGUGCUCUCGCGCAAGUCUUUCUUGCGCUGGACUUUCUCCACGAAGCGGGCAUCAUUCAUACCGAUGUUCACUCUGACAAUCUACUCAUCGGUAUUGUGAACAAGUCGAUUUUUUCCACAGUGGAAGAAAACGAGAUCCAUAAACCAUCACCCCGCAAGGUUAUCGGCGAUGCCGUCACUCAAGUCUCCCAAUACAUGUUGGGUGGCAAAGGCCCUCUCAUUCUCUGUGAUUUGGGACAAGCACGAAUUGGCCGUGAGCAUCGUGGUAACGCUAUGCCUGUACCUUAUCGGGCCCCCGAAGUGAUUCUCAAUAUGCUAUGGGGAAAUAGCGUAGAUGCCUGGAGCGCGGGUCUUCUGGCCUGGGAUCUUCUCAGGGGAGAGAGCCUCUUCAAUGUCUAUGACCAUGAAUCUCGGGAGCUAAACGACGCUCAUCAUCUUGCAGCUAUUACUGCACUCAUUGGUCCACCACCCCCGGAAUUACUACAAAGCAGCGAGGUAUCACGUAAAUACUGGCACCAAAACGAUAUACCUGUUUCUAUCAACGGUUACUAA